AUGGAAAAGACUCCUCGCUUCUUACAGCCGGAGCGUCCCUCGUGGAUCACGCGUGCCCAGAAGUGGCUCGUGGGUCUCGUCGUGUUUGGCUUCCUCUACAGCCUCACUGGCUGGGGGUGUCCUUACAAGGCGGCCCAGGUGGCGAUGCUGAACAAGCCUGAUAAAAUCGACUUCAGAGACCAAAUCGAUAAGGCGUUGGCCAUCAAUUUGGCCGGCGACUGGUCCCACCGCUAUACCAACGAGUCCCAUUUGGCGGGUGAAAAUGAGGCCCUUGUGGAGUUCACUAAGAACAAGUUUAAGGAGUUUGGUUUUAAGCCGCUGACCGAUGAAUACGAAGUGUUGUUGCUGAAGCCUCAGGACCACGGGUUGUGGCUUAAGGACGGCAAGAAGGUGGUGUUUGAAGCGUCGUUGAAGGAAGAUAAGCUUAAGGACGACCCCACCUCGCUUAAGGAUACCGUGCCCACGUUUGUUGGUUACGGAGCCAACGGUAACGUUACUGCCCCUUACGUUUACGGCCUGUACUGUACGCUUGACGACUUUGCCGAGUUGACUAAGCGUAAAGUCAAUGUUAAUGGUCUGAUCGUUGUCUGUCGUUAUGGCGGCAUUUUCCGUGGUCUUAAAGUGAAGUUCGCUCAGGACUACGGUGCUAAGGGUGUGUUGCUCUACACUGACCCUGGUGACGACCAUGGCAUCACCCCCGAAAAUGGCUAUAAGGCGUACCCUGAAGGUCCCGCUCGUAACCCGCUGAGUGUGCAAAGAGGGUCGGUGCAGUUCCUUGGCGGCAUCGGUGCUGCUCCCGGUGACCCUACCACUCCCGGUAAGCCCCUGAAAAAAGGUGCCAAGCGUCACGACCCUUAUAAGCUGAUCCCCAAGAUCCCCGUGCUCCCGAUCUCGUUUAAGGACGCUGAACCGAUCUUGGCUAAGCUUAACGGCCACGGUAAGCUGUUCGGCGACGGCGGCUUGAAGAAGUUCGACUACUCCACCGGCCCCCACCCUGAACUCACCUUGAACUUGUACUCGCAACAGAAGUUUGGCCUUGAAACCAUUACCAAUGUUUACGGUGAACUUGAAGGUGAAAAGAAGCACGAAGUCAUUGUUAUUGGUAACCACCGUGACGCCUGGAUCAAAGGUGGCGCUGGUGACCCCAACUCCGGUUCGGCGGUGUUGCUUGAAGUGGCACGCGCCCUCGGCGAAGUGGCCGCUUUGGGCUACAAAUUCCAACGGACCAUCGUGUUGCAUCUGUACGAUGGUGAAGAAUACGGUCUUUUGGGGCUGACGGAGGCCGGUGAAUACUACGCCAAGGAGUACAAGCGCAACGUCAUUGCCUACUUGAACUUGGACUCGGCCGUCACCGGGCUGCACUUGCUGCUUGGUGCCUCGCCCUUGCUCAACCACGUGUUGCUUGAAGUGGCCAAGUACAUCCAGCACCCUCGUGGCGGUACUUUGUACGAAAACUUCAUUAAGGAAAAGGGCGAAAUCAACCACUUGGGGCUGGGCUCGGACUACACGGUGUUCUUGGAACACUUGGGGAUCCCCUCGGCCGACAUUGGCUUCAAGGGAGGCAAAGGUGACGCCAUCUACCACUACCACUCCAACUACGACCUGUACCACUGGAUCAAGACGUUUGGCGACCCCCACUUCACCUACCACAAUGUGGCGGCUAAGUACAUCGCCCAGCUCGUGGCGACGUUGCUGGAACACGAGAUCUUGGAGUUCAGCACCUUGGACUACGUCGAGAAGUUGCACGGCUACUUUGACAAGGUGAGAGACAAGGUCAAGAACAAGUGGUUGGACAGACGCGUCAAGCAGGAAGUGCAGAAGAUGGGUGGCUGCCCCGGUAUGAACAGAUGGAAGGCGGUGCACCAGGUGUUGGCCGACAAGACUGAGACUACCACUAAGGGUCCUAAGCCUACUAAGGAUCCCAAGAAGCCUCACGACCCUCACCACCCUCACGAUCCUGACCACCCCGACCACCCCGACCACCCUGACCACCCUGACCACCCUCACAAGCCUCAUGACCCUGACCACCCCCACAAACCUCACAGACCCCACAAGCCUCACAAGCCCCACAAGCCUCAUGACCCUAAGAAGCCCCACGACCCCGAUCACCCUCCUCACCACGACCCUGACCACGACCACCCUCACCACGGUGACCACCACCAUGAUGACCACCACCACGGCGGUAAGCACGGUAAGCACGGUAAGCACGGCGACCACCACGAUGACCACCAUGGCGACCACCACCACGAUGACCACCAUGAAUUGGUGGCUAGAGACGAGGGCAAGCACCACAAGGGCGGCAAGCACCACGGCGACGACGACGUCGUGACGUUGGCCGACUUGCUCAAGUCGGUGUCGCACCAGUUGAAAGACUUCUACAAGGCGCUGCGCAAGUUUGACGCCCGUCUGAUCGACUUGGCCGACGAGCUCUUGCACUGGAACGACUUGCACUGGUGGGACAAGCUCAAGUUGCACUUUAAGGUCAAGGCGCACAACGGGGUGCUCCACCGGUUCGAGGGCCACUUCUUGGUCGACGAGGGUCUCCACUUGCGCCCCUGGUUCAAGCACCAGGUGUUUGCCGCGGGGAGAACCACCGGCUACGCCGGCGAGACCUUGCCUGGGUUGACCGAGGCCAUUGAAGACGACGACUUCCAACGGUUUGUCGACUGGUUGCGCAAAUUUGAACGCACCAUCCAGUUGCUGAUUAAGAACUUGGACUACCACUAG